CUCUAUGACAUUCCACCCCAUCUUUUCAGCUUUCUCACACUAACAAUCCCAUCAUUCCUGUCUCUCUUGAUCCAUCUCCCUCCUGCAUUAAUCUUUUAAUCUUGCCAUUAUUAAUUGAUCCGAAAUCAACUUUCCUCUGAUCAAUCAAGAUGGACGAGGAGUAUGAUGUGAUUGUUCUGGGCACCGGCCUCAAAGAAUGCAUUCUUAGUGGACUUCUCUCUGUUGAUGGGCUCAAAGUGUUACACAUGGACAAAAAUGACUAUUAUGGAGGAGAGUCCAGCUCCCUUAAUUUGAAUCAGCUUUGGAAGCGUUUUAGGGGUGAUGAACAGCCUCCAGAAAAAUUAGGCACAAGCAAGGAGUACAAUGUUGAUAUGAUUCCUAAGUUCAUGAUGGCUAAUGGAGCUCUUGUUCGCGUACUCAUCCAUACUAAUGUUACCAAAUAUCUAAACUUUAAAGCUGUAGAUGGUAGCUUUGUGUACAACAAGGGGAAGAUUUAUAAAGUGCCAGCAACUGAUGUGGAAGCAUUGAAGUCUUCGCUGAUGGGACUCUUUGAGAAACGUAGACUUCGGAAGUUCUUUAUUUUUGUCCAAGACUUUGAGGAGAGUAAUCCAAAAACUCAUGAAGGGAUGGAUUUGAACAAAAUCACAGCAAGGGAACUUAUCUCGAAAUAUGAACUUGAAGAUGAUACAAUUGAUUUUAUUGGUCAUGCCUUGGCACUUCAAAUUGAUGAUGCUUAUUUGGACCAGCCAGCCAUGGCUUUUGUCAAGAGAGUGAAGCUAUAUGCAGAGUCUUUGGCCCGUUUUCAAGCAGGAUCUCCUUACAUCUAUCCUAUGUAUGGACUGGGAGAGUUGCCUCAGGCAUUUGCACGUCUGAGUGCAGUUUAUGGUGGGACGUACAUGCUUAACAAGCCACAGUGUAAGGUAGAGUUUGAUGCAAAUGGAAAAGCUUAUGGUGUGACCUCAGAAGGAGAAACUGCUAAGUGCAAGAAAGUUGUUUGUGAUCCAUCUUAUCUAAGUGAAAAGGUAAAGAAGGUUGGAAAAGUUGCGCGUGCUGUAUGCAUAAUGAGCCACCCCAUUCCGGACACAAAUGAUUCUCACUCAUGUCAGGUCAUUCUGCCACAGAAGCAACUUGGUCGUAAAUCAGAUAUGUAUCUGUUUUGUUGCUCAUAUGCUCACAAUGUUGCUCCAAAUGGGAAAUACAUUGCAUUUGUUGCAACUGAAGCUGAGACAGAUGAUGCACAAGCUGAAUUGAAGCCUGGCGUUGACCUACUUGGACCUGUAGACGAGAUAUUUUAUGAAACUUAUGAUAGAUUUGAACCUACAAACUGCCCUGAUGCUGAUGGUUGUUUCAUAUCCAGCAGCUACGACGGAACAACGCAUUUUGAAUCUACGGUUGUGGAUGUAAUAUCCAUGUACAGCAAAAUAACUGGAAAGGCUCUCGAUCUGUCUGUGGACCUCAGUGCUGCAAGUGCUGCUGCUGCUGAAGAAUGAGCAGUUAUUGUCCAAAUCAGCAGAGAACUGCAAGUGCUGCUUGCUAGCUAGCUGGAAAUUUUGCUUAUCUAUCAUUAUUAACUCUUAUCCCUCAUUUAAGCAAUACCUUGGAAAUUGGGAUUUGUAGUUUUGAAUUUCAUUUGGCUCCUGCCCUUCAUUAACGUCAUCAUGGUUUCUGCCACCAUAGAAAUACCGCUUAAUUAGGCUCCCGCGUGAAGGAUUUUGCUAAGACGAGUAACAGCCUUUUUGGUGCAUUUUUUUUUUUUUUUGUUUGAGAGUUUCAACUUUU